AUGUCAUCAGAUCAGCCAAAGAAUCAUACAACCAGUUAUGAGGAGGAAGAUCCCUUCGCCCCCCCACCACCUCCACCUUCUUCUCAACAACAACAACAACGCACCAGAUCUAACGAUAACGUUGAAUAUGAUCAGGUUUUGGUGGAAUAUAGCUUCAGGGAUUUCGAAAAAUUCACGAGCGUUUCUCAAAAGGAUAUUAUAGCCUAUCAAUCGGGACGAAAAAGUUUUUUUGAUAUUUUGUAUGAUAAAAAGACUCCUUGUGGAGAAAUUUAUGAAGAUAUGAUGAAUUAUGUUCACAAGUUGGCUGUUGAUUCAAAAAAGGAUAUUUCUGUGGAGGAUAUUAAAGACUCGGUGCAGAGGAAAACCUUUUUGGAGUGCAUUGAUUUUCAUUCUCAUUUGUAUGAAACUCGUGCAAAGAAUAUCGUGAGACGUGUUGACACAAAUUCGCAAUAA